CAAAGUCCGCUUAGCCCGGGCUCCCAAGGGCGUGCCGGUAAGGACCCGGCUGAGCUUCCGAGUUAAAAGAAUGCCGACUCCCCCGACCUUGAGGCUCGAUAUCAUCCAUCACGAACAAGCAUCACAGCGAGCAUCAUUACAAGAGAGACAAUAACAACUUCUCUUCUUCAACUCGACUACAACAUUCAGACAACAACAACUCAAACUUGCUCGCACCGAUACUUGAUACAACACACCGCGGCACACUAGGCAUCCAGGCAACUCGACCUAUCCCUGCAUUCGACUUCUGCCUUGAGUCACACAACUUGCACUAUAUAAUAAUGUCUGCCUCAUCAUCACUCCUCCGACAAGCCACCAAGAAGAGCAUGUCCAUCACUCAGACCUACUACCUGGCCCACAAGGCCCGAGCAAAGCUCUCUCGUGAGGCUGCUCAACCCGAUCAUGACCUCCGCCUGCUGGUCGGACACGCCAACCUGCUCGACUCUCUGAUGCUCGAGCUCGCCGAGGCCGAGCGGGAGCAGGAGCGCUGGUUCAACCAGUCCGUCCGCAACACCAAGAGCACCGCCGCCGCCAACAACAGCCGGCACAUUCAGUGGGCCGACCGGAUCGAGGAGGAGGCCGUCGACGAAGAGUACGACUCCGACUCCUCCUCCGACUCGGACGACGAGUCCGACUACGACAAUGAGGACCUCGACAUGCUCAACACCCGCACCACUGUCGUCUCUGCCGCCCCCGCAGUCAAGGUCCAAGAGGACGAGAUCAUGGGCGACGACGAUCUCGAGGAGGACUAUGCUCAGCUCGAGCUCGUCCGCACGCCUUCUCACUCCAACUCCCCUCCGGAGCUGAUCGACCACGACUCCGAGUCUUCAGACGACGAGGCCAUGCCUCCCUCCCCUGCCGAUGCCGAGCUGCCUCUGCCCGCCAAGACCGAAGAGAGCGAAGAAUCAUAUUACACAGAAGAGGACUUUUACCUGGGCCAGCGAACACCCGCCGGCCUGGUAUCAGCCAUCUCAGUCUACUGAGCGACAACAACAACAACAACCACACUCUUCUUGUACGACAUUGUAAAUGAUUCUUCACUUCAGCUCUUUUCAGCAUCUAGCGAAUGGCAUGGCUCUGGGUAUUGGGCGCGGCGUUUCUGAUAUGGUUUUACAUGAUACCCCGAGAAGGGAAAAUAUAAAAAGGCACACGGCGUUUCUUUUGCAUUUUUCAUUUGUUCUAUAUACACCUACUAGAGAGAUUCACAACUUCACGUCUUAAUGUCAUGGCAAUGCGAUGGAUGGAAUGGGUACAUGGGUACACAUCGGUGGGGCCGCUCCCUGGAACUGGUCUUCCCUUUGGUCGAGUGGACCACGAGUUUAGCAGCAUGGGAACAAACGAAAAAG